AUGGACUUUUUACAGUUUUUGGAAGAGGAGGAGGAGGAAGGUAGUGAGAGAUCAGAAAGCAGCACAUAUCCGGAGACAUUGUCAACUGCUGAUGCCUCUGAGGUAGCAGAAGAGAAGAGGGAAGACAGUUCCGACACAGACCUUUCAAUUGAAGAUGCUGAGCGCUCAUUUACAACUGUAAAGGGUCCAGACCUGUAUAGAGAGGCAUGCAAGCUGGUGGGAGUGAUUCCUGUGUCAUACUUCAGCCGGAACAUGGAAGAGUCUGUUAUGAAUCUCAACCAUCAUGGUCUUGGACCAAAGGGAACCAAGGCCAUUGCUAUUGCUCUGGUUUCCAACACAACCAUCACUCAACUGGAGCUAGAGGAUAACUGGAUUCUGGCUGAAGGAACUACAUACUUAGUACAGAUGUUGCGAGAGAACUGCUACAUCCAAGAGAUGAAUAUUUCCCAUAAUCACCUCAACAAAGAUGGAGCUGAAGCAAUCUGCAGAAUGUUUUACCACAAUAUUUCUAACAUCCGGUCCAUUCGACUUGCAGGAAAUGAUUUUAGAGAUGAGGCAGCGCCUUAUUUUUCUGAAUCCUUAAUUGCUAAUUACAGAGUGAUAGAGCUGGACCUCAGUUACAAUGAGUUUUCCGAGAAAGCUGGAGAGCUAUUUGGACAGGUGCUGGUCAACAAUGAAUCACUGGAGAUUCUGAAUCUGAGCUGGAAUCAUCUGCGGCUGAAGGGUGCUACGGCCCUGAGUAAUAGUCUCAAGGUUAAUGGAACAUUGAAGAUACUGAACCUUUCCUGGAAUGGCUUUGGAAAUGACGGUGCCUUUGCCCUUGGAGAAGCUCUGAAAGUCAACAUUACGCUUGCUGAAUUGGAUAUCAGCAACAACCAUAUCAGCAAUGACGGGGCAAUAAAGCUAAGCAAAGGAUUAGAAAUGAAUGGGAGCCUUAGAAUCCUAAAGAUGUCCCAGAAUCUCCUCACAGUAGAAGGCGCUAUUGCUCUUCUCAUGUCAGUCAGGAAGAAUCCAAAAUCCAGAAUGGAAGAAAUCAACAUCUCAAAUGUGCUUGUAAAUGAAGGCUUCAUCCGGCUGUUAGAUCAUGUCUGUGAAGUACGUCCUGAACUAGAUAUCAUCUAUGGAGGAAUUGGAGGUCAUGUUGUGCGGAAAACCGAGCAUCAGAUAGAUGCUAUGAAGCUGAUUCAGGUCUAUUUAGAUAUCAACAAACUAAAGCCUUGGGACUUUUUUAAGAGUAUGGAUAAAUAUGGUGAUAUGAAAAUUCCCGUGGCAGAGUUUCGGAGAGCCAUGAUGCUGCAAUCAAAGAUCCCCCUGAAACGGCUGCAAGUUGUAGACCUGGUGCGCAAAUUAGACCCUAACAGAACAGGCUACGUGGACUACAGUCACUAUAGAGUUGAGGAGCCGGUCAAGAAACCCAAGAAAAAUGGCGAUGAAGAGGAGGAGGAAGAGGAUGAUGAAGCUGAAAAAUAG